CGAGGAGGGAGAGCGAGGAGAGGCGGGGGGGUGGAAACCGGAGAAACAGAGAGAGGAGGCCCCGGCGGCGCCGAGCACCGACACACCGACCCGCACUCAGACAUCUCCCCGAGAAAAGCAGCAGCAAAGCCCGCAGACUGACACAGAGAGGGACGGUCGCAUGGAUGGAUGGAUGGAUGGAGCGGUAGGCUACGGUUCAGGACCUCUGAUUGGCCGUCAUCCUGUCUCGCUCCACCGCCCGCUACACUACAACAGCUGCAGUACUUGUAGUAUUCUGCUGCAGUACUUGUAGUAUUCUGCUGCAGUACUUGUAGUAUUCUGCUGCAGUAGUCCGCACAGUUAGCUGUCGUUAGCUCGCAGAGCUCUGUUCACCUCCGUACAGCAGCUAGCUGUUGAUGCUAACGGACCUGGGCCCUUAGCUUGUUAGCUUGAGUUUUGCAGGUGAUUUCUAGGGGGCACAAUGCUUCAAAUGUCAGGCCCCUGAAUUGUACACCCCCUUCCACGUUAUCUUACUCGGUUAUGAGCUCAGUAGGUGUAGAAGUAGUAGAAACAAAUGACGCUUAAGCUGCCUGGCUAGCAGCUAGCAGAUAGCAGAUAGCAGCUAGCAGCUAGCGGAUAGCAGCUAGCAGCUAGCAGAUAGCAGAUAGCAGCUAGCAGCUAGCAGAUAGAAGAUAGCAGCUAGCAGCUAGCAGCUAGCAGAUAGCAGAUAGCAGCUAGCAGCAGCUUCACUGAGCAGAAACUAAACUAUUUGUAUUUCGCCCUUCUCUGAAAAUGUAGAUUUAGCUUUCAUUUUGAAGCUACUCACAGUUAACAGCUAACAGCUUAGCACAGUCCUACCAACAGCUAAACCUCUUUUCCGGGAAUAAAAUUACGUUAGAAAAUAAAUACCCCCUAAAAAUGUAGCUGGGGGUCCGCCCAGGGUCACGUGUAUUUUUGGCGAGCUAACAGCUCGCUAGCUGCUUAGUGGGGCGAGUGGUUAGCGGUUAGCGGUGGCGCGGGGCUAGGUGCGGGCAGAGCGGGGGUGCGAUGGAGUACCACUCCGGUGGCAGCCUGCCCCUGCUGGGGAGACCGCGGUACUGCCCCGGCGCCAACGCUAACGGAGGCUACCUGUGUGAGACGGGACACUGCUGCGGAGAGACCGGCUGCUGCACCUACUACUACGAACUCUGGUGGUUCUGGUUGCUGUGGACCGUCCUGAUCCUGUUCAGCUGCUGCUGUGCGUACCGACACCGACGGGCCAAGCAGAGAGUCCAGCAGCAGCAGAGACAGAGAGAGAUCAGCCUGCUGGCCUACCACGGAGCCAACUCAUACCCCUCCUCCAUGCUGGACCUCAGUUUCCUGGCGUCUCUGAAGCUGCCGUCCUAUGAGGAGGUGGCAGCCCAACCCUCCACCCCUCCUCCUCCCUACAGCUCUGUGUUCACCUCCCCACGUUACCCGCAGCCCCCCCGCGCCGCUGACCCCCACCUGCUCACGCAGCACGACCCGCUGCUGCACCGGCCAAUCAGCACGGGCCCCUCCUCGCUCAGCUCCGACAACAGCUCCAGUUGUUCCUGUGACUCCUGCUGCCCCUCCUCUCCGUGUAGCUCCUCCCUUUCGGCACCCGUCACGUAUGAGACCGACACGAGCCACGCCACCACGCCUGGCGAGGCCACGCCCCUCACUUUCGAUGUCACUUUGGAAACCAUCUCCGCCGCUGCAACCUGUUUGGAGGUAAAUGAAACACGAUUUGUUUCUGAGAGGAUGGUUGGCGCAGUGGCCGUUGACAUCGUUGAUGAAGACGCUAAUGGAGCACAGGAACCCGAUUCCACUGAUUCAUCGGUUCCCAACCAGGCUGUUACCGUGGCGGUUGUUACCAGGGCGGCCUCCCCUCAGCCUCUGCCCUCUCCCGGGACAGAGGUGGCUCUUUCUGUUCUAACUACAUCUCCCAUGAAGCAACAGCUCGACCUAGCACCGUGUACCCCACUUGUCAGCCCAAUUACACUCCCUAGUCCAAGUGUUGUUGACACAACACUCCCCUCCAUCCAGAUAACAAGCAUUGAGGGUCCAGCUGAGGGCCCCGAAACUACCCCUGCCCCAAAAAUCACCUCAAUGUCAGGCCCUCCUACCCCAACAGCUUGCACUUCUGACAGCCCUACAGAAACCCAAACCCUCGAUCUAACAAGAACUUUUGAUACCACUACCCUUUCUAGUAGCCCAACCUCAAUACUGUCCCCAGACGAUAGAAGAACUUUGACCCUGAUAACAAGCUCUGCUGGUCUCCCAACCUCAGACCCAAAUCCUAGCCUUGUGCCGAUCCCGGGACCUUCAAACAUUACCCAAGUUCCUUCCCCAGUACCUUCAAACUUUACCCAAGUUCCUUCCCAAGUACCUUCAAACUUUACCCAGGUUCCUUCCCCAGUAUCAUCAAACUUUACCCAAGUUCCUUCCCCAGUACCUUCAAACAUUACCCAGGUUCCUUCCCCUGUACCUUCAAACAUUACCCAGGUUCCUUCCCCUGUACCUUCAAACUUUACCCAAGUUCCUUCCCCAGUACCUUCAAACUUUACCCAAGUUCCUUCCCCAGUACCUUCAAACUUUACCCAAGGUCCAGAUCCAAUACUUACAAACCUUACCCAAGCUCCUGCUCCAGUACCUUCAAGUCUUAUCCAAGUACCAAAACAACUACCUUCAAACAUUACCCAAGUUCCAGACCCAGUUCUUUCAAACAUUUACCAAGUUACAGACCCAAUUCUAACUCCCUUUACCCAAACUCUAGACCUAGUACCUACAAACCUUACCCUCGUGCCAAACCUACGACCUAAAAUAGUCCUAGACUGUGAAACUAAUACCAUUGUAACACCUGCACAUUCAAACCUUAUCCUUGCUACAGAUGCACCUACGUUAGCCCAUUGCCUGGUCCCUCCCAGCCCAACAUCAAGCUUGCCCCAACACCCAGGGUCUGUUGCCGUUCUGGUAUCUUGUCUCGAUCCAGCUGCAGUACCAGCUGAUUCAGGUCCUUCUCUGGUCCUGUCUCAAUCGUCAGAGUCAGUGGGCUCUAGAUCAGGUCCACUGUCUACUCCUGCCCCAGUGCUCACUUUCCCAACACAGGCAUCCUCUUCUUCUCCUUCCUCCUGCCCAGCCAUAACCAUAGACUCUGAAUCUUCUUACACUUCCCCUGUGGCCUUGACCCCAUCCCUUCCUUCUCCUUCUUCCCUCCCCACCUUUCCAGCCCUGUCUUCUGCUACUUCCCUCCCGGCCCCAGCUUUACUCCUUGACCCCCUCAGUGCUCUGCACCAGUCCAACAAAGGUGGAUCCUCCUCCGGCCAUGCUUCCUCCCUCUCCCCCUCGCCUCGUGCUACUCAGUCCCCUCCGAAACAAACUCUCUUUUCCCCCUGCGUGGACAUCUUUGAACCGGGACCUCCGUGCUGGGAGGAAGGAGAGGAGGACCAGGAGAAGGAGGAGGACAAUGAUGAUGAUGAAGAUGAGGACAUGGGAGCAGAUGAGAGCCAGUAUAGACACCGGCGGCUUACCGGUGACUCUGGCAUCGAGGUGUGCAGGUGUCGGGUGGAGGAGGAGGAGGAUGAGGAGGAGGAAGAGGAAGAGGAGGAGAGGGAAAGGAAGGAGGAUGGCCGGAGAGGAGGAGGAGGAGGAGGAGGAGGAGGAGGGGAGAGGGAUACAAAAGGAGGUGGAAACACUGAUCUCCAUGACAGCGUGGACUGCCCUGCCAGAGGUCAGGUGACCACAGGGGAAGGACUUAUACUGUGUAACUCCACGCCAACGCCAACGCCAACGUCAACGUCCGAGGACAGUUGCAAAAUCGUCAUUGUCAUGGAGACCGUGUGAUUGACGGAAUUAGUCAAUAAUUCGUCACCCAGACAAGGGAUAAAUGUUAAUAAUGGCGUCCACCUCUUGAAACGUUUUUUUUUUUUUUUAGAUUGGUCUGUAACCGCAGAGGUUUUGAACACAAACCUAAUUGUGGAUCAGUUACGUCACGUUAAUAACGUUGUCGGACCAGCAUAGGUGUUAGGUGAAAGUUAGGAAGAGAUUCUACACGAAGCGUUAGAUCAUUACAUCGUGGUUUCCUCAGCUGUUAGUUUGGGAUUUUUAGUCAGAUGUGGUUCGGGAAGAUUCUGCAUGGCGAGUGGAGAGGCAUUUACUCAGAUUGCAUCCAGAGUGGAUACAGUUUUAACAACAACCACGAGACAAAACUGGUGUCAGCUGUUUGUAAAAUGUCAAGAAAAACCUGGUCCCU